UGAAUGUGUCUCGUCGCUGCUCUGACUCACGUUGCUGAACUUGGUCAAACUUGGUUGAACUGGCUAGUGGAUCAAACUUGAUCGAAUCACGAAUUGUUUGAACAUAUAAUUCAAAUUAUUUUCUUUUUAAUCAAAUAAACGUCUAACGGACUAUUUGCAAUGGCUGAAGACGAGUCGAUUUUUGAUCCUACAUUAAAAAAGAAGAAGAAAAAGAAGAAAACAACUUUUGAUCUCGAUUCGGCACUCGUGGAAGGAGGUAGCGUAGGUGAAACAAUAGAACCGUCAUUGGAGAAAGAAAACCAGGAUAUAGAGCCACCCAUUGGAGAAGAUGAUGAAGCGGUGGAUCUGGAAAGUUUUGGUAAAAAGAAAAAGAAGAAGAAGAAGGCUUUUAAUUUGGAUGAACUUGACGUUGCAUUAACCGAUAACAAGGAGGAGCCCAUAGAAAGUCAAAUUGAAGAACCAACAAUAGAUGAUGAUUUUGACCUAGAUAUGGACUUCUCUAAGACCAAGAAGAAGAAAAAGAAGAAAAAGGACCUAGACGAAUUGGUUGCCGAGGAAGAAAGGAAAGAGACGGAAGAUAAGGAAAACGAAGAGGAAACAAGUUUAUGGGUUGGUUCCGACAGGGAUUAUACUUACGACGAGUUACUCGUAAGAGUGUUCAACAUUAUGCGAGAGAAAAAUCCUGAUAUGGUGGCUGGUAAAAAGCAGAAGUUUGUAAUGCGUCCACCUCAAGUAGUACGCAUUGGAACAAAAAAGACUUCCUUUGCUAAUUUUACUGAGAUUUGCAGAACUCUUCAUAGGCAAGCAAAGCAUCUGUUGGACUUUUUACUUGCUGAGUUGGGAACUAGUGGAUCAGUAGACGGUAAUAGCCAGCUAAUUAUUAAAGGUCGCUUCCAACAAAAGCAAAUCGAGAAUGUUUUGAGGAGAUAUAUUAAGGAAUACGUUACGUGUCACACGUGUCGUUCUCCUGACACGAUUCUUCAAAAGGAUACGCGACUGUUCUUUCUACAGUGUGAAACGUGCGGUUCUCGAUGUUCCGUUGCUAGCAUCAAAUCCGGUUUCCAGGCUGUUACUGGCAAACGAGCUGCAAUUCGAGCAAAGACAGCCUAAAGAACGUUCUAUGCCGUUACGUACAUCCAUUCAGAACUUUUUUUCUACAAGAACAAUACUAAUGUUUGUUGAAUAUAUUUACAGUGCUAAGGAAUAACAGAUUAUACAUAAUACGAGUGACAUUUUACACACGGAAAUCGUGAAAAUCAGAUCGGAUUUAACUUAAUUUGUCAUAAAAAUGUACCAAAUUCUUAAUGAAGUUUUGUCCCUUUUCUCAAUGCUCAGAAAAAUAAACGAGUUUUUUAUGUUCUAAAUAUAA